AUGGCUGUCAAAUGCUUCAUGUGUGUGCUGUUCUGUGCAGCCGCCCUCACGUUUUCUGGAGUUUUGGGGAGGAAUGAGAAGACCCAGGUACCCACGUGGACCCGUCAGAGCCUGCCAACGCUGACAGUUACUCAAACAGCCUUUCUAAAGUCAACUUUGUUUGGAGGGCAGGAGGAGAAUGAAGUGGACAGAGAAACAAAGAGGCUCUGUGGAAUAGAGUGUCAGAGAGCUCUACCAUCGAUUGACUGGACCGCGCAAGAAAAGAUUCUGGGAUAUGAGACGAUGUAUAUAAACGGCACGCGCACACAUACAGAUAUCAGUUUGCAGAGGAAGAACAAGACCUCAGAAGGAACUCCAGCAAGCUCACCAGUUCAUAUACGCAGAAAACGGCAAGUUUAUGGAGCAGAUGGACGAUUUGUGAUUUCAGAUUCAAACUUCAUCACCAACUACCCGUUUGCUACUGCCGUCCGCCUUUCCACUGGUUGUUCAGGAGUCCUAGUGUCUCCAAAACAUGUGCUGACAGCAGCACAUUGUAUCCAUGACGGCAGGGACUACUUGGAGAGCACUAGAAGGCUUAAAGUUGGGUUGCUGCAGAUAAAAGCUAAAAGAAGGAGGGUGGGAAGGGAGAGAAGAGGGAGACAAAGGGGUGGCAAGAAACAAGAGGGUAAGAGAGAUAAAAGGAGAGGAGAGGAAGAAGAUGAGGGGAUAAAUAGUGGAGGAGGAGUGAGAAAGAGAAGGGAGCAUGAAAAGAGAAGACACAGACUGAGAACAGUGGAUGAGGAAGGGGAGGCUAAUGAUGGAAAGAAGUUUGAGAGAGGAAGAGCAGGGAUGCAGACUGGUCUCAGUCGUGCACGCCGCAGUGAUAAACUGGGAAAGCAACCUGUCUUUCGCUGGGCUCAAGUCAAACAAACCCAAAUCCCUCAAGGGUGGAUCCUCACCAGCAGCUCCACAGACUCAGUUUCUCUUGACUACGAUUACGCCCUCCUGGAGCUGAAACGACCAGUCAAGCAAAAGUACAUGGAGCUCGGGGUGGCACCCACUUCGCCACCGACACGAAUCCACUUCUCGGGCUACGACGUCGACAAAAGCCUGUCUGAAGGCCAAGCAGACGAGAAGGUGGUUUAUCGUUUUUGCUCCGUGAUUAAGGAGUCGGAUGAUUUGAUGUAUCAGCAUUGUGACGCGCAGCGUGGAGCAACGGGAGCAGGUGUUUACAUCCGCCUGAGACAGGAUCAGGGCGAGAGAGGGAAGUGGAAGAGGAGGGUGAUCGGAGUGUUCUCAGGCCAUCAGUGGGUGGAGGAGAAGGGGGGUGAGCAGAGGGAUUUUAAUGUUGCAGUAAGGAUCACACCUUCAAAGUACGCCCAGAUUUGCCACUGGAUUCACGGAGAUCCAAGUUUUUGUAAGGAGGUUUAA